AUAUCUUCUGACCACGGCGCACUGUAUAUUUCUUACGUUUUGUUACUAAAUGGGUAGGAGAUGAUAAAAUUAUAUAUUUUUGACUUACACAAGGUUUUGUAUGUUUGAAUAAAUCAAGUAAAUGUCACGUUGAGAUGUGCUGGAAAUUUGAUUGGUGAGUGAGUUGUGGAUGCUUGGAGCACUGUUCAGGGUCAAAUAGAGUGCAUGCCUUGCCUGUGCUAGAAAGUAGAUUGUGGGACGUGUGUUAAAUUGGUGGUGUGUUCGAAUGUAGUAUUUUUCUGUUGAAGAUUGUGUUGAAAGAAGAAAUUUCUGUGUAAAAUCAUUUUGAUAGAAUGAAGAGAUUCCCUUGCUGAGCGUGCAUAUCAUUACGAGCUGAUUUGCAUGAAGUCAAAGUCGUAUCCGUGUGUGUCUUCUGUGUGUAUGCGUUUUGUGUAUUUGGUUCGUGUGUGUAUUGAUGGGUAUGUAUUGGUGAAUGAAUGGGACGUCGGAGGGGUAGUUGAGCGGGGCUUUGCUCAUUGGGGUGUUUCGUUGAGGACGUCGAGCGGGAAAUGGUAUUUGUGGAGUUAGGUUCGUUGGGGGGUAAUAAAGAGGAACUGGUUUCGUCGGAUCGGGUUUAUUUUUCGAUGCGGGAGAAGAUUCAGAAGAAGCCCGAGAAGCGCAAACCUUCAAUGAUAUUCAUGAAGAAGAUUUGCAAGGAUUGGAGGCCAUAGCAAAAAAAUUUGAAGAAAAGUAUAAUAAACCUGGUAAGAAGGGAAAGAAGAAGAAGAUGUUGUUAGAGGACUUGAUAGAUGCUGGAAUGGGUUAUGAUGAAACAGAUCCCUUUGUGGAUAAUUCUGAAUGUUAUGAUGAAUUAGUCCCUGCCAGCCUGACAACGCAGUUUGGAGGAUUCUAUAUCAAUUCUGGUCAGCUGAAAUUCAAGGAAAUCUCAGAUUCUGAAGAUGGUGAUUUCCAAAAACCUAGAACACCAAAGAAAAAGAAGAGACUUAAACUGGAGAAUGGAGAUGGGAAAAGAGAAAAGAAGAUGAAGAGAAAGUUAUCAAGUGAAAGUGGUAGUGGAGAUCACAUCUCAAAGAAAACCAAGAAACAACUGAAGAAAAAGGCCAGGGAAGAGAAGAAAAGGAAGAAGAAGGGACCGAGACUGAUUCGCACCCCAACUGUAGCGGAACUACUGAAGCGCAACACUGGAUCAUUGCCAGGAUCACCACAAAGUCAUCCAGCUACCUCGACCUUUAAUGGACCACCUUCCACUUCAAAUGCUGCAACAUCCAAGGCAUCUUCCUCCAAUACCACCACCACUCCAGGGCUGGUAUCGUCGUCGGGCGGGGCACAGGCUGCUCCAGGGGUUGACAUGUCCUUGGAUCUUGGUAUCUCAGUGGCUGAUCUUGAUAAGGAAACCAUGGAGAUGGUUGAUUUAAUGAAUGGUACGGACGGUAUGAUGGGUGGGGUUGUUUCUACCGGUGGUAUGGCUGCAGGGAGUGGUGGUGAUCAGGAUAGUGAUCUUAACAUAUCGCCCUCUGCUCCUGGUAUCGGGGGCGAGGAUGGUGGAGCUAAAGAGAAGGUUAACUUACCUCAAGAACUGCCACUUCAACUUCUAGACAACAUUCAAAAGAUAAAAGAGGCUGCCAGGAAGUCAGUUGAAGGAAAGACUAAAUUCUUCAAUUCGCAUGUCAAUGGUCUAUUACUCAAGAUAGAGCAUGGUACCCGUAUGGUGAACUGUAGUAAGAGAUCAGCAGUGUAUUCACAUUUAGCUUUCCAUUUACCCUGCACCAAACUAACUCUUCAGAAGAGAGCUAAGAAACUUCAACUAGGUGUUCAAGACAAUCAUCUCAAAGAACCUCUUCAAAGGCUUCGGGAAGCUAUCGCUGAAGUGAUGCCUGAUCAACAGAUGAGAUAUAAACAAGAAUGUGAAGAAGUUUCUCUCAAGAUGGAUCUUGGACCUACGCAUGAUGCUGAAGGGAAGGUAAUAGAACUCAAACCACCCAAGAAGAAGUUUAUCUGGGAUGACAGGUUGAGAGCUCUACUAUGUGAGGUAGUAAAGGUCAAGGUUAAGACGUUUGAGAUCAGUAAAACCAGAACCCAGUCAGCUGAGGAAUACCUGAAAGCUUUCCUAGAAUCGGAGGUCAAGAACCUAUGGCCAAAGGAUUGGAUUCAAACAAGGAAUCUUUUCAAGGAAAGUCGAGCAGUCCAUGAUCAUGUGACCUCAAUAGGCAAACAGCGUAAAUCUACGCCUGGAGCUCCUAGGAAACUACUCUUGACCACUAUCAAGAAGACUUUGGGUAGUGAGGAUGUCGAAGGUUCAAGUACCAUCCCUCAGGGAUCCUCAGAGACUCAAGAAUUUGAACCAUCUAGUACACAGGCCAAUGAAAUGAUUGGUAGUCCAGUCACUACUAAACAUAUUGAAGAUGUACCAACAUUGGUUGAUUGCAUGGGGAGUGGGGAAGAUUCUAUGGAUGCCAUGAUAUCAAGUUCUCACCUCAAAGGUACGGAGUAUGCGACAGCUUCGUCAGACAGCAACCAGGAAGCAUCUCCUGUGGUUGCUCCAGGACAAACUGUUCCUGUCUCAAGUACAUCACCCUUGCCUCAUCUUGACCCUGGCUUCCUGGUAGAUCAGAUGCUAAACCAACAAUUAGUGACAAACUCACAAGUUUCAAGACCAGUGGUAGGUGGUGCUUCUUCAUCAAACAUUAGAACUGUGGAUAUGAAUGUCAAAGUCCAAGGAACAAAGAACAUUGCAUUGAUGCCAGAGACUGUUAAACUAGCUGCAAUGUCCACAGGAGAAAUGCUUCCAAAACAAGCUGGUGUAGACUCAAUGCCCAGUCAGCAGUCCUGUUCUGCCGCAUUAUCAGCCAUUAGUAAUAUGCAUAGCAGGAGAACAAUGCAUAAACAAGAGCCUGGUUUGCAGGCUAAGGAUGUAACAUCAUCAAGUAUGAUGAGUAAAGUGAGACCCAGUGUCAGCAACGUAGCUAUUGUCAGCAAUGUGCCCAGAUCUGAAAUGCAAUUAGGUCAGCCAGUUAUUAGACUUAAAAGAGAUUCUAAACUUGAGAAGAUGAAUUCUAACAGUAGAUUGAAAGUCCAAGGAAUGCAGCAUAAAGGGCAAGCAUCGCCGGUACCUAAAUCACAAACUGUCCUUGUAGGUGGGGUACACACGAUGCCUUACAGCCAAUCCCCAAGCAAUACAUCAUUACAGGGUAGAUCAUCAAAUGUGACGACUCAAAGAAUAGGUGGGGGCAUGGAUCCACUACCUCAGAUGUCCUCUCAGGUUGCCCCGGGCAACGGCAACAUCCGUCUAUCUUCAUCAUCAUCACAGUCUACCUCUCGUCGUUCAAGCUAUGUCUCGCCAACCAACACCCAGCAACGAGCCGCUGGUACCGCCCACAGUCCGGGAUCGGCGUUCUCCACCCCUUCUCAGCACAGCCAUCUUAUGAAAGCUCAAGCUUCACCAUCAAUCCCCCAGCAGACAUCACCAUCUGCCUAUUCCUCCACUACUCCAAGACAGUAUACAUCACCUCAUCAGCAAUACAGCCCUGGUCACACCUCACCUAUAGCUGCUGGUUACUCUACCACCUCACCUUCUUCCUAUCAAACCAUGGCAAGUGGUGGAGGAUAUCAACAGAUGCCUCUCAGUGACAUGACGGCAAGACAGCAGACCACAGGAGGGACUAACUAUACCAACAACUAUCCCAUGGUGCAAAGCUCAACCCAGGGUGGGGUACCCCAGAGCCCGGUAGGAGAUGCUGUUAUCACAGGCCCUGCCCCAGGGACAUUCUAUCAUCAAUCUCCUUCAGGUGGUGGUUUAUUACCCCCUCAUCAGACUACUCCUUCCCCCUCCCACCCUCUUCCUCCUGAUGCGUUAGAUUUGCUGUGUGCUCAUCAGGCCUUUGCAGAUGCUAGGUAUACAGGUGACAAUUCUUCCAAUCAGCAUCGCAUCAUCUGAUAUACAAACCUUCAAGGUUGAUUACAAGGUCGAUGAGUAUCUGUCGAUAGAGGACAUCUGAAGGUCACAAAUCAUUCUGUUUCAUCAAACAUCAAUGACCUGAAGAACAUUUGAAGGUUAUUGAACUAUAACUAGAGCAAUGACACUCUAAACUCAAGGUCACUUUGAGGUGGGACAUCUCUGUAAUAUAUUGGCUAAGAUCAAUCUUUGGAAAACUGAUUAUUUGAACUGUCUAAUUUACUCUAAGCCAAUCAGAUGCAAGGAUUUCCAGUAGCUUAUAACAUCUGUGAAUGAAUAUCAUUGACAAAGCUCUUCAUGAAAUACUUCCCUUAUUACUUGCCAUCUUCAUGAAACUAUAUUUCUUCUUUGAUCUUGGAUGUUUUUCUUCUGCUUGGCAUCAUAACGGUUUGCGGAUGUUGAAGACUCAGCAGUACAACCGUCAGUCUGCCUGGGAGAUAAAGUAAUGCACAAUCUUCAGACUUCCAUUUCUUGAUACAUCAUGUGAUCAGUUGAUGUGUUAUGUGACACCCAUGUAAUGUGACAAACAAGUCAUGUGAUAAGUCACGUGAUAAGUCAUGUAAUAAACAAGUCAUUAGGCAACAAGCCAUGUGACAAUUUGUGUAAUAUAUUGAAGAGUAUUUUGUAUUUUUAAACUUAAGCUGUUUUUCCAUUAUCAGCAUUAGUCAAAGUAAACCUUCUUUCAUCAGUCGCUGGAGGGAUUUUCAAGGUUCUUAUACUGUGUACUGAUAAAGUUUGAAUCAAAAUAUAAAAAAAAUGUGUUGUAAUCACUUUCUAUUAAAAAAUAUAAGAAUAUGAUAUGAAUGCACCUCAUCAUUAUCUUACACUCCAUUCGGUAUACCCCUCUUUGAUAAAAAUAAAGUUUAUUCAGAUAUAGUAUAUGGGCAUGAACUGUUUUAAGUGCUCAUUUUAAAAUUGGUCAUUGAUGUAGUUUUUAUCAUUUAAUAAAAUUCUAUGUCUUUUCCCAUAAUCUUCCAUAUACUACCACAUAUUUUCAGUUCUGGUUGUUUCUUUCUAACUCCAUAUGUUCUCUUCCUUAUUUACUACACUUUGCCCAAUCAUUUCAGUUUUGUAUGAUGAAUAGUAAUUUUAUAAAAUAAUUUUUAUCAAGUAUAAGAUCAUUCUUGAAAAUAAAAUCUGGUACUUGUAAUUUGAGCUUAUAAUCUGUGUAUUUUAUAUGUGGGUUAUGUAAGUGUCUAAUAUAAUGUUGUUUCUGUGAACUAUAUUUCAGCCUUCAACUUCUAUUUCCAGUCUGCAAUUCAAUCAUUACCUCGAAUGUGGACUCACCAAUUCUCAGACUUUGAUUAUAAAUUUAGAUAAUCAUGUGAAAGUGAUGGAAUCACUCUUUAAUCAGGGAAUACUCAUAAUGCUGCAUAUAACCAUGCAGGGAAGUCAGUAUGUGGGACUGUAGUCCUCAACUGUGCUUUAAUAUUGAUGGGAUAGUAGUAGAUAGAAUGUAAGAGUUGUCUGAUCAUUCUCCAUACAAGUUGUGAAGUUGUCUGACCUUUGACCUAUCAGUAUACUAUGUGUGACUUUUGUAUCUUUGUCAUGAUUAGAUAUUUUGUAUAGGUAUUUAUACCUUGGUAUGUAUACCUUGAGUUGCACUUACUGGAUAAUGCUCAUUUAUACAUCAUUUGAAUCACAUAUUCUUGUUGAGUUAUACCAACAAACUGACUCCUUUACAGAUGCCACAUGAAAGAUGUUAGCCUGUGACAAAUCGCCAUUCUCUGACUGUUGCCAUAGUAACUAAAAUCAGCCAAUCAAAACCAAGCAUUUUCGUCAAAAUGUGAAGUGGAGUGAUCAAUAAGAGUCAUUUAGUCAAUGUUUACAACUUUUACGAGAUGUCUCCAUUUAUAAAUCAGAUUUGGCGUAAGGUGUAUUGAUAAGGUGUAAGGGUGUAUUAGUGCUGUGGAGGUGUUUGUCAGAGUACGAGUUUGGUGUAAGUCUAGUCCUUAGUGUUUUAACUUGGUGUAAGACUAGUCCGCUGCACAGAAAUGUUAGCCCAACCAUGCACUACAGGCCCUUUUACAACUGGUAAUGUCACAACUAGUAGUGCCAAAUAUCAGAACAAUGCGUUAUUUACAUAUUGGCUCUCCACAUCGCACGCUUGGAAGCAUCUUAAGUUUGACAUCACAAGCUGAAAGAUGUGAUUUGGUCUACUGUUAGUGCUCUGUUAGUGCUAACAAUUUUUCUAAGCAGCCAGUAUAAAUUGUCUGAUUAACUUUUGGAUGUGAAGUGGGUAUGUAUGUAGAAUAGUAUUGAUUCCCCUCUGUUGUCAUUUAGCAAUCAGUUAUCUUCCAUGUAUAGAAACAGAGCUAUGGACCUGCCAGUCAAAGGAGUUAUUUUGAUAUAUUGGUUGUAUUUUUCUUACAAUAUACAUGUAAAGACUAAGAGAAGUGAGAGUGUAUCUGUCGGAUCCUGAAAACGUAUGUGAUUUGUGUCAUUAAUAAUCUCCUGGGGAGCGUUUCAUGAAAGGACCUGUUGGAAGUUUUAUCCGACAAGUCCUGAUUUAUCCGACAGUUAAUAUAGUAACAGUGCUUCUCAACCAAUUAGAAUCCAGGAAAGUUGUCAGAUCUGGCAACUUGUCGGACAAAAGUAUUGAUGAAACGCCCCCCUGUACAUGUAUGUAAGCUGUAAAUCAAAAUGUCAUGAUCGUGGCUGUUAUGAUAGAUAUUAGCAAUUUACCACAAGUAGGUGACUUAUCAUUGUCAAUUGGUGUGUUGCUUAGCAAAGACUGGCAAUGGCUGAAUAUUGUGCUAAUGCAGUUCUAGUGAUAAUUUCCAUGUUAUAAUAAUCCUUAUGUUACACUGUCUAAAAAAAGUGCAAAUCGUGGUUAUGAUUCAAAAUAAUAAUCUGUUUUUAUUGCUACACAUUAAAAAUAAGCUAUCAAAUCUCCUUAAAUUUGAAGUUCCCUUGAUUGUCCGACUUUGGUGGUCUGUAAUAGUUCAUGUAAUAGUUAAUACCACUUAAUUUUCAUUUCAACAUCUAUGUCUUGUAAUGCAAUGAAUUUGAAAUUAAUUUUCAUGAUUUAUCCCCCCCCUUAACUCUAAACAUCAUACUCAAUCUAUUCUGAUUAUCUUUGUGAAGUUUUCUUUUCUGAUAUGAUUAGACCCGUUGAAUUAUGAAAUGUUCUGUGCUAUAUUAAAUUAAUUAUCCAUGCAUGCUGUUUAUAUGAUUCAGCUAUCACAAUUUGCUUGAUGUUGGAUAGAGUACUGAUGAAUUUUGGCAAAGUUUUUUUUCGGACCCUGUACUUAACAAAUUGUUUCCCUCGUGAGAAAUGUUAGAGUAGAAUAUUUUCAGUGUAAACCAGCCAUUAGAACAAUUUCAGUAGAAAAAGUUGAUGAAUGUUUAUAUUAAUAGAGAAAACUAUUUUAUAUAACAGGUAUUUAUUGUUUAAAGUCCCUCUAUAAAGUUACAAAAUAUAGGUUCUAACUACAAAGUUUUUAACGUUUUGGGGCAUUAUUGAUUCCACAUGACCUUUGUUUUUCUGUAAUUAUUGAUUAGAUUAAAUGCUUAUCCCCUGAAGUUAUUGUUAUAGGUGUAGACAUCAGCUUAUUUAUGAAUUUAACAUUCCAUUUCCUCCAAAAGAUAAACUCUCAUAGGAAUGUUCCCAAUUUGUAAAAAAAAAUCUUUUUGAAAAACUACCUAGUAAUGCCUUGCAAAAUUAUUUUAGUGUUUUAAAGAUUUUUUUAUGGUUAGAAACUCUAUGCAGAGAUUACAGACUUACUCAACGAUGGAAUGGUCUCUGUUGCUAUGUCAGGGCUGCUACAUUUUAUUAUUCAGGAAAACUUGAGAGUAAGAAAACUAACUAGUGGCUGAAUACACUAUUCGUCCUGAUUACUCUAUUUUUUCUUUAGCAUUAUGAGCUAUACUCUGCAUUCAGUGUAUUAUGGCAUUGGUAAAUUAAAAGUAUUAAUAUACCUAGAUCUGUUAGGGGGAUAUCGUUCUUCAGUAUAGUAAUGAAAUAAUGACAGCCUCACUUGAUUUUAAGGUAUUUUGUAAACUUUCUGGAAUUUGUUCAAAAUCUUUAUGCAUCAAUAGAAGAGCACUGAGACCUUGAUAGAUAUAACUUAUUUACUAUUGAAUACUCUUUAAUACACAUUGAAAUCUAAAUUUGUUGACACUCCUUGGGACCUGCCUUCUUGCAUUAAUAUUUUGGCAUUAUGUUUCUGCUAGUGUUCAGUCUUCAGUACACUAAUAUGCACUCUAGCUAAUGCAUUAUGAGGUCAGUUGAGAUUUUUGUCAAACACAAAAUGGAUGAUCAGAAAGUGUUGAGUUCAAGUUCAGUGUUGAACCGAUUUUAUUAUUUUUUUCCUUUACAUCAGCUCAGCACCAAAAUGAAAUCAAGAAUGGUCCUUGGACAAGUCUCAAUUGGUAUUUAGCUACCAAUAGUGCGAUUUGGGUCAUUUUUGUAAACUAAAAUUAGAGGAUGGGGCUUUGGAAAGAAACAUCAGCACCAACACAGAACUUGAAAUCACCCAUUGCAUAAAAUGACCAUUAUUAUAAGCUCACUAAGUUAUGCAUGUGUUUUUAUAAAUUUAGUAUGUCAGAUGGUAUGUUAUGAAUUUAGUCCCGCCUCUUCCAUUUCUUUAACCAUGACAGUAAUGAAAUUCAAAUUUUAUAAAAAGAUGACUAUUAAUGAUUUGCAUGUGAGGCGUUAUUUUUUUAAAAUAUGAUUGAUGUAGCAUUAUACCUUGAAAUAUUGGUUGCCGUUCUGAUUGGGAACACAGAUGAGUUUGAUAAAUGAAUAAUUAAUUGAGAUGUUUGUAUUUAUUUAUUAAUGACAAGAAGGCAUGAUGUUUGUGGUUGUAGAUAGACUAUUCUACUGAUAUCUGUUUCUUUCUAGGUGGAUCUGCUCGAAUUGUAAAUAUCUAGGAGCUUUAUUUCCAUUGCUAAAAAAGUGUGAUAAAAGUUUAUAAAAAAGAUCACCCAUUUGGAGUGUGAUGUUACAUUUUGUUGUCAAUUUUGAAUAAGAAAAUAAAUUGAAAAAGAUUUGAAUGAA